AGGUCUAGAGGGUGCCAGGGAAGGCCUACAGACAUACUGUAUACAUUAUAUUGCCAAAAGUAUUGGGACACCCCUCCAAAUCAUUGGAUUCAGGUGUUCCAAUCACCUCCAUGGCCACAGGUGUAUAAAAUCAAGCACCUAGGCAUGCAGACUGCUUCUACAAACAUUUGUGAAAGAAUGGGUCGCUCUCAGGAGCUCAGUGAAUUCAAGUGUGGUAUCAUGAUAAGUUGCCACCUGUGCAAUAAGUCCAUCCGUGAAAAUUUCCUUGCUACUAAAUGUUCCACGGUCAACUGUUCGUGGUAUUAUAACAAAGUGGAAGCAACUGGGAACAACAGCAACUCAGCCACGAAGUGGUAGGCCAUGUAAAAUGACAGAGCGGGGGUCAGUGCAUGCUGAAGCGCACAGUGCACAGAAGUUGCCAACUGUCUGUA